AUGUUCAUCUUGCCAGUGAGCGAAGACUCGUGGCUUUUCCGCGCGUGCCUGUACUAUGGCCUCCUGGUGCUGCUGGUCGAGCUCCUUGUGCCUCUUAUCUUCCACCGUCGCGUGCGCAUCGAGAUUCCUCGCUUUGUCCUGCCUGCACCGGCAGUACCUCUACCUCCUCGCGUCUUCCAACAGCGUCGACGGAAACUACAGCAACAAGCGGCGGCACUACAACGGGCCCUCGCAGAGACGCCGCGUCUAUCUCCACAGGAAAAGAGGCAGUUGUUGACGAGGAGUGCUACAAAGAGACGACGACCAGUCGUGACUUCUCCGUCUCCUUCUUUCGUUGUGUCGUCUGGUUUGGAUACGUUGGGGCCUUUGGUGGAGCUGACGAGGCCGACAUCGCCACGGCAAUUCAAUGGGAAUAGGUGGACCGUUGAACCCAGUGCAGGAUCGGAAGGUACAGAUACGAGCAGGUUGUGGAGGACGAAUGAGGAGUCUCGGUCGUCGAGAAGCCCUUCGCCCAUGGCAAUGAGUCAUUUUUUUCGAGCGACUCGUGCAGCUCGACAGGGUGGAUUUUCGUUUCACGAAGCGACUGAGGAAGAAAAAGAUGGUACAGAAAUGACGACGAGUGUGCGAAAGGAGCCAAUUGAUCGGAUGCAAGUCGUCGAUCGACGAAUGGCGAAACGGAAGGAAUCGGCAGUCGUAUCGAGGCAAAGGCCGGUGCGCUUCGUGUCGGAAGGCGCUGAGCAUAUCGGGUAUGCCGGAUCUAGUGGAGCCGGUGCACAGCUAGAGGCACUGACACGAGCGCGCUGGCGACAGCAAGUCACAACUCGACGUCCGGAGCGAGUGCUUUUGCCUCCUUCCGAUGGAAUCGCCUUGUCAGCAUCAGCAGAAAAGUUGGCAGAGCGCUCUGUUCUCGGUAUACCCGACCCGACAGCGCGCGGGACCUCACCUUAUCUGGCAAGACAACUCCACAAAGGCAAAGUUAUGAACGAUGAUGUGACGAGGAAAAAGUCAGGGCACAUUGGCGCUUUGUCCACGGUAGGACGGCAAAGUGAAAAACUAGCGACGGAAAGUGCGAUGAAGAGGAAGGAGAUAGCGCAGGAUGAGCCGCUCACUGCUUUUCAGGCAUUUUGCGCUUCGUUUGCAGCUGGUGGCUCAGCAGCAGCUCGACAAGCUGCGGCAAAGCGAAAGCAUCGCGAGGCUUUCGAAGCAGAAGACAAACAUGCGCAUGAUACUUCCGCGACAGGCCAGCAAAUCGACAAUCACGCCAAACGUCCACGAACAUUUGUGCAAGCCUCAGAGCGGUCCAAUGGCGGGGGCGAUGUGGCUGUAACAUCGCAUAGCGUAGGUGAACGCGUAAAUGAUGAAAAGCAGGUGGUUGAUGCUACUGCGACAACUCAAGGGGUCCUAGAAAAGCGUAAAUAUGACCAGGCGUUUGGAACGACUGAAGGGCAGGAUCGGCUACACGAAAAGUAG